UCUCCCUCCCUCCCCUCCCUCCCUGCCUGCUGUGGAUGCACUGACUGACUGUAUGUGUGAGAGGGAGAGAGAUUUCCUGCUUUCCCUCCCCGUGUCCAUAUCACUCAGCCCAGCCUGGCAUCUGACAGCAGCAGCCUGCACCCCUCCUCUCUCACCCUUCACCCCUCCACUCACCCAGCACCCAGAGAGGGGGGCUCACUGUGCUGCACCUCUUCUGUUGCACCCUGUAAUUCUGCUGCACCCCUCCACUUAGCUGUCAUCCAGGACCAAAACAGAAGGGCUAACUCAGCUGUACCCCUCCUCUAAGCUGCACCCACCUUCUACUCAGCACAAACAGCAAGUGGAUCUCACUCUGCAGCACCCUACUUCUUAUUUCCAACACCCUUGUAUUUUUUAUCUCAUUCAGAUUUUGGAUGGUAAUCAGGAAAUUGAGUGAGACAGAGGAGCUCAGAGAUCCAUUCAAGAAAAGAGGAGGAGGGAAGAGAAACCAACCAAAAAGGAAGAGAAAAGGAGGAAGACACACAUACAGGAGAACAUACCCGAGGCAAUUAUUUAUUGUUGUCUGUGAUCUUUCUAAUUUAUUUUAUACUGACCUGGAUUGAAGAAAGAGAGAUUGUGGAAGACCAAAAAGAGGAGAAAUGCCCAGAAGGAAGCAGCAAGCACCAAAACGAGCUGCAGGAUAUUUUCAGGAAGAAGAGGAUUUAAAAGAUGAAGCAGUGAAAGAUGAUGAAGAUGAAGACGAUGACAGUAGUUCUACAGCUCAACUGCAAGACAGCAAUUACACACCUACUGAUGAAGAACAAGAGGUUGGAGGGGACAUCAAAGGAAGUUUUAGUUACCAAAAUUCCCCUGGAAGCCACAUAUGCAAUCAGGAUGUGGAAAAUGAGUCCCUGCUAAGUGAUGCCAGUGAUCAAAUGUCUGACAUCAAAAGCACAUCCACUAAAGAUGCUCAGGAACAAAAAGCAACACCCAGCCCCAAGCAUCAAAAUGAAGCACGUGAUUGCAUGGAUAAGAUGAAGACUGCCUAUGCGAGCAUAUUGUCAGAUUCCUAUUGGACAAACCUAGGACUUAGUCUAAAGCUCCCACAAUCAGAAAGGAAAAGCUGUGAUAGUCGUAAUGGAGGGACCAAAAGUGACUUUGACUGGCACCAGGAUGCACUCUCCAAAAGUUUACAGCAAAAUUUACCUUCAAAGUCUGUUUCCAAACCUAACCUCUUUAGCUCAGUUCAGUUAUAUCGGCAAAGCACCAAGAUGUAUGGCACAGUCUUCACAGGGGCCAGUCGGUUUCGUUGCAGGCAAUGUAGUGCAGCCUAUGACACAUUAGUAGAGCUGACUGUACACAUGAAUGAAACAGGCCAUUACCAAGAUGAUAACCACAAGAAGGACAAGCAUAGACCGACAAGUUACUCAAAACCAAGAAAAAGGGCCUUCCACGAUAUGGACAAAGAAGAUGCACAGAAGGUUCUUAAGUGUAUGUUUUGUGGUGAUUCCUUUGACUCUCUUCAAGAUCUGAGUGUUCAUAUGAUAAAAACAAAACAUUACCAAAAAGUGCCUUUGAAGGAACCAAUACCAACCAUCUCAUCAAAAAUGGUCUCUCCUUCCAAGAAACGUGUGUUUGAGGUGAACAGGCCCUGCUCACCUGAUUCUACGACAGGUUCUUUUGUUGAUCACAGUUCUGCACAGAAAACUGGUAAUCCUCAGCUUUCCUCCAAUAAUCGGUAUGGAUAUCAAAAUGGUGCCAGCUACACCUGGCAGUUUGAAGCUUGUAAAUCUCAAAUUUUAAAGUGCAUGGAAUGUGGCAGCUCUCAUGACACUUUGCAGCAACUUACAACACAUAUGAUGGUUACUGGUCAUUUUCUGAAAGUCACCAAUUCAGCCUCAAAGAAGGGAAAACAGUUGGUCUUGGAUCCUUUAGCAGUGGAAAAGAUGCAGUCACUCUCAGAGUCACCAUCUAGCGAUAGCCAGUCAAAAAUUUUAGCAAGUCCUUCGGGUAGUGCAACAUCUGACUCAAAACCAUGUAAAGAGAGUAACAUUGAUACAGCAGAAGAUGGAAGCAAAGAUGAAAAGUCAGAUACAAGUGAAGAACAUGAAGAUAUGUUAGAGAAACCAUUAGACCCGACCCUGAAAUACCAGUACUUAAGAGAAGAAGAUUUGGAAGAUGGGUCAAAAGGUGGAGGAGACAUUUUAAAAUCUCUUGAAAACACUGUAACCUCAGCUAUAAAUAAAGCCCAAAAUGGAACUCCAAGCUGGAGUGCAUAUCCCAGCAUUCAUGCAGCAUACCAGAUUUCAGACGUUAUGAAACCUUCUGCACCAAUUUGUUCUCAAGUAAUGCAAAUGAGGCCUACAUUUUCUAACAAAUUCAGACCAAUUGCUCCAAAAUGCCGAUCACUUGGCCUAAACUCCUCAUCAGAAACUCAGUCUACACAAGUGAAAGAGGAGUAUGACGAGACAGAAGUUCAAAAAGACACAAUAAAAAAGGUGACUCAAACAGAACCUGAGGCAGAUAUCAAAAAUGAAGAUUACCCUAAAACUGAAGCCAGUCCUGAGUCAUCUAGGCUAGAACCAAAUUCACCAGCAGAGGAGAAAAAAGAAAAGCAAAUAAAUGAGAAGGAAACAGAAAAAAUGAAUGAUUCUAUUGAACCUACUUUAACAAAUAAUGAUUGCUCAACAUUAAGGAGUUCACCAAAUCAUUGCCCAGAUUUACCAUGUGUGAAUCCACUGAGUGCUCUACAGUCUGUUUUAAAUAAUCAUCUAGGCAAAGCUACUGAAUCAUUGAGAUCUCAGUCAAGUUCAAGUCCCAGUUCCUGUGUCAUUUCAAUGUUUCAGAAACCUAUUAAAAGAAUGGAAAAACCAGUUGCAUGUUUAACUCCACCAAGGCCUGCUAGCAAGUAUUUAUUUGAAACCAAUGAUCAACCUAUUGAUCUUACCAAAUCUAAGAUAAAGAAAUUUGAGUCAGCCAAAGCACAGUCUUGCACUUCGCCCCCUCAGAAGCAUGCUUUGUCUGACAUUGCGGACAUGGUGAAAAUUCUUCCAAAAGCUACCACCCCAAAGAAUGUUGUUUCAGCAAGAAUUGCACCUAUGAAAUUGGAGAUGGACACUAGACACUUUGAGGAAAUCUCCACAGAAGUUUCUCCUUUGCAUAAAAGGAAGGGGAGACAGUCCAACUGGAACCCUCAACAUCUUCUUAUUUUGCAAGCCCAGUUUGCAUCAAGCCUCUUUCAAACAUCAGAAGGAAAAUACUUAUUAUCAGAUCUUGGCCCUCAAGAACGCAUGCAGAUAUCUAAAUUUACAGGACUGUCUAUGACUACUAUAAGCCACUGGUUGGCAAAUGUGAAAUACCAGCUCAGAAAGACUGGCGGCACUAAAUUUCUAAAAAAUAUGGACAAAGGACAUCCAAUAUUUUAUUGUAGUGACUGUGCAUCUCAAUUUAGAACACCUGCUAGCUAUAUCAGCCACUUGGAAACCCAUCUAGGUUUCCAAAUGAAAGACAUGAACAGGCUGGCAAUUGAACAGCAGUCUAAGACAGAAAAAAAAAUCACUAGGGUGGCUGUUCAACUGUCACCACAGCCCAUAGCUGGGGAAGAAGACACAGACUCUAAAUUUAAAUGUAAGUUGUGUUGUCGGACAUUUGGAAGUAAGCAUGCAGUUAAACUGCAUUUAAGCAAAACACACAGCAAGUCGCCAGAACAUCAUGCACAGUUUGUGGUUGAAGUUGACGAGGAAUAGUUUAUAAUAGUGCAUUGUCUUAAUUUUACUUUUAUGAUUGUACAGUUUUAUCAAACCAACAGAAAAGACUCCUGUGCUUUUAUUGACCUAGCAAUCCAAUAUGUAAUAUGUCUUUAAGUGUAUAUAUUGGUCUACUUUACAUUACAUCAUAAGGGAGCAGCUCCUGAGUAUACAUAUACUUGUAAUUUUAUUAAAUUGACUAACUGCUGCUAAAUCAUCGUAAUCUGAUUGUGGAAUUAGAAUAUGCCCAGUUUUCUAACUUUUGAUAUAAGAUAUUUUUCUGAUGCUUUGCAAUACCCUGUGCAAUCUGAAAAAGUAAAAGGAGGAAGGAACCUUUUCAUUAUCAUUUCUGAUGGGUUUAAAUGGACUCUUAACAGAUGGUAUUUCAACAAAUAUAGUGUAAUUAAUAAAAUAUACCUUAAUUUCA